AUGAAUAUCAUUUUUAGUAGUAUAAUUCUCACAACCUUACUGACGAGACAUAUAUAUAUAUAUAUAAACACAUACGAGUACAAGGUUUGCAUUGCAUGCAUCCAAUUCAAACAUUCUAAAAUUACCAAUAUGCUUCCUAUUAUAGAGCUUGUUAUUACUUCCAAUCUAAUAUUAUUAUUGUUCUUCUUCUCUCAAUUAUCCACCGCAAUCGAUACAAUCACCCAAUUUCAAUCUCUUAACGAUGAUGGCACCACUUUGGUUUCUAAUGAUGGAACUUUUGAGUUAGGCUUCUUUAGACCAGGUAGUUCCACAAAUGGUUAUGUGGGAAUAUGGUACAAAAACAUCCCAAAAAGAAGAAUAGUUUGGGUUGCAAACCGUGAUAAUCCAAUCAAAGGCAACAAUUCCAACUCAACCAUGUUGGUUAUAAGCAAAGAGGGAAACCUUGUACUACUUACCAACAACAAUCAAACUCUUGUUUGGUCAACAAACAUCACAACACAAUUAUUGUCUAAUACAAGUUCUCAUGUGGCUCAACUAUUAGACAAUGGAAACUUUGUAAUCAAAGACAAAUACAAUAGUGAUCAACAAAGCAAAAAUUUCAUAUGGCAAGGUUUUGACUUUCCUUGUGAUACUAUGAUGCCAGAAAUGAAGCUCGGAUGGGACCUAAAAACCGGUCUCAAUCGUCAAUUAACCUCUUGGAAAAAUUGGGAUGAUCCGUCUUCAGGAGAUUUAACUUGGGGUAUUGUUCUUAGUAGUAAUCCAGAAACUGUAUUGAAAAAAGGAUCAAUUGAAAUUUAUAGAAGUGGUCCUUGGAAUGGAGUUGAUUUUAGUGGAUAUCCAGCACUCACUGUUACCCAAAUUGUUGAUAAAAAAGUUGUAAACAAUUCGAAUGAAGUUUAUUACAAAUACAGUCUUGUGAACAAGAGUACGAUUUCAAUAUUGUAUUUGAACCAAACACUUUUUCGUCGUCAACGCCUUACAUGGAUUCUAGAAGAAAAUACUUGGAGGGUUUAUGAUUCUGUGCCAAGAGAUGAUUGUGAUUACUAUAAUCCUUGUGGACCUUAUGGAAAUUGUAUUCCUAACAACUCUCCAAUUUGUCAAUGUUUAGAUGGGUUUGAGCCUAAAUCGUUGGAAAGUUGGAAUUCAUAUAAUUGGACACAAGGAUGUGUGCGGAAAGGCAAAGAAACUUCAAGUUGUGGGGUGAAUGAUGGUUUUGGAAGAUUUUCUGGAUUGAAAUUGCCGGCAACAACACAUACUUGGGUUGAUGCAAAUAUGACACUUGAGAAUUGUAAGAACAAAUGCUUUGAAAAUUGUUCUUGCACAGCUUAUUCAAACUUGGAUGUGAGAGGAGAUGGUAGUGGUUGUUCUAUAUGGUUUGGUGAUCUUAUCGGUUUGAAACAAGUUUCAUCGGUCCAACAAGAUCUAUAUGUUCGAAUGGAUGCUUCAAACGUAGACUCAAAUGGAGAUAUUUCUGGUUGGCAUGAUAAGAAAAGUCAUACUUUGGCAAUUGCAAUCACUAUUCCGUUGAUCAUUGUUUUGCUGCUCAUGCUCAUAGUCUUCUACGUUCACAAGAGAAAAACAAAGCAAAGAGCCAAAAAUGAAGAUGAAGAUGGACGAUAUUUGGAGCUUCCUUUCUUCAAGCUUUCUACAAUAAUUGAUGCCACCAAUGACUUCUCAAAUGAUAACAAGCUUGGAGAAGGUGGUUUUGGGCCGGUAUAUAAGGGUAUACUAGCCCCAGAGAGACAAGUUAUUGCCGUCAAAAGACUUUCAGGAAGUUCAAAACAAGGAACAAAAGAAUUUAAAAAUGAAGUUAUAUUAUGUGCAAAGCUUCAACAUCGAAAUCUUGUCAAGGUUCUUGGUUGUUGUAUUCAAGGAAAAGAGAGAAUGCUUAUCUAUGAAUAUAUGCCCAACAAAAGCUUAGAUUCAUUUCUUUUUGAUUCUGCUCAAAAGAAACUUUUAGAUUGGUCCACGCGCUUUAAUAUCAUAUGUGGAAUUGCUCGUGGACUUCUUUAUCUUCAUCAAGAUUCUAGAUUGAGGAUUAUACACAGAGAUCUAAAACCAAGUAAUAUUUUGUUAGACAGUGAUAUGAAUCCGAAAAUUUCAGAUUUUGGCUUGGCAAAAAUUUGUGGGGAUGAACAAGUUGAAGGGAAUACAAACAAAGUAGUCGGGACACAUGGUUAUAUGGCUCCUGAGUAUGCCAUUGACGGAGUAUUCUCUAUAAAAUCAGAUGUAUUUAGUUUUGGAAUAUUAUUGCUAGAGAUUGUGAGUGGAAGGAAAAAUAAAGGAAUUAGCUAUCCAAGAAACAAUGACAAUCUUGUUGGAAAUGCUUGGAGAUUGUGGAAAGAAGGUAACUCAAAAGAAUUGGUUGAUGAUUGUUUCGGGGAAUCUUAUAUUGUAUCCGAAGCUUUACGUUGCAUACAAGUUGGUCUUUUAUGUCUACAACAACAUCCAAGUGAUAGACCUAAUAUGGUAUCGGUGCUUGCUAUGUUGACGAAUGAAACCAAUUUAACUCAACCAAAGGAACCAGGUUUCAUAAUAAAAAGGGUAAUCAAAGAAGGAGAAUCUACAUUAGAAAAUGUAAUGUCUUCCUCAAUCAAUGAAGUCACUAUUUCGUUGGAUGCUAGAGUUUGCAUUGCAUGCAUCCAAUUCAAACAUUCUAAAAUUACCAAUAUGCUUCUUAUUAUAGAGCUUGUUAUUACUUCCAAUCUAAUAUUAUUGUUCUUCUUCUCUCAAUUAUCCACCGCAAUUGAUACAAUCACCCAAUUUCAAUCUCUUAACGAUGAUGGCACCACUUUGGUUUCUAAUGAUGGAACUUUUGAGUUAGGCUUCUUUAGACCAGGUAGUUCCACAAAUCGCUAUGUUGGAUUAUGGUACAAAAACAUCCCAAAUAGAAGAAUAGUUUGGGUUGCAAACCGUGAUAAUCCAAUCAAAGACAACAAGUCCAACUCAACCAUGUUGGUUAUAAGCAAAGAGGGAAACCUUGUGCUACUUACCAACAACAAUCAAACUCUUGUUUGGUCAACAAACAUCACAACACAAUUAUUGUCUAAUACAAGUUCUCAUGUGGCUCAACUAUUAGACAAUGGAAACUUUGUAAUCAAAGACAAAUACAAUAGUGAUCAACAAAGCAAAAAUUUCAUAUGGCAAGGUUUUGACUUUCCUUGUGAUACUAUGAUGCCAGAAAUGAAGCUAGGAUGGGACCUAAAAACCGGUCUCAAUCGUCAAUUAACCUCUUGGAAAAAUUGGGAUGAUCCGUCUUCAGGAGAUUUAACUUGGGGUAUUGUUCUUAGUAGUAAUCCAGACACUGUAUUGAAAAAAGGAUCAAUUGAAAUUUAUAGAAGUGGUCCUUGGAAUGGAGUUUAUUUUAGUGGAUAUCCAGCACUCACUGUUACCGAAAUUGUUGAUAAAAAAUUUGUAAACAAUUCGAAUGAAGUUUAUUACAAAUAUAGUCUUGUGAACAAGAGUACGAUUUCAAUAUUGUAUUUGAACCAAACACUUUUUCGUCGUCAACGCCUUACAUGGAUUCCAGAAGAAAAUACUUGGAGGGUUUAUGAUUCUGUGCCAAGAGAUGAUUGUGAUUACUAUAAUCCUUGUGGACCUUAUGGAAAUUGUAUUCCUAACAACUCUCCAAUUUGUCAAUGUUUAGAUGGGUUUGAGCCUAAAUCGUUGGAAAGUUGGAAUUCAUAUAAUUGGACACAAGGAUGUGUGCGCAAAGGCAAAGAAACUUCAAGUUGUGGGGUGAAUGAUGGUUUUGGAAGAUUUUCUGGAUUGAAAUUGCCGGCAACAACACAUACUUGGGUUGAUGCAAAUAUGACACUUGAGAAUUGUAAGAACAAAUGCUUUGAAAAUUGUUCUUGCACAGCUUAUUCAAACUUGGAUGUGAGAGGAGAUGGUAGUGGUUGUUCUAUAUGGUUUGGUGAUCUUAUCGAUUUGAAACAAGUUUCAUCGGUCCAACAAGAUCUAUAUGUUCGAAUGGAUGCUUCAAACAUAGAUUCAAAUGGAGAUAUUUCUGGUGGGCAUAAGACAAGUCAUACUUUGACAAAUGCAAUUACUCUUCCAUUGGUCUUUGUUUUGCUACUCACGAUCAUAGUCUUCUACAUUUGCAAAAAAAGAAAGCAAAGAGAUAAAUCAAAAGACAUCACUUUAGCCGAAGCGGAAGAUGAGGAUCUACAAGAUUUUGACCUACCAUUCUUCAAUUUUUCUACGAUGAUUAGUGCCACAAAAAACUUCUCAAAUAAUAACAAACUUGGAGAAGGUGGGUUUGGACCAGUAUAUAAGGGUACCCUUACUACAAAUGGGCAAGAAAUUGCCAUCAAAAGGCUUUCAGGAUGUUCAAGACAAGGAUCAAAAGAAUUUAAAAAUGAAGUUAUAUUAUGUGCAAAACUUCAACACCGAAAUCUAGUUAAGGUUCUUGGUUGUUGCAUUCAAGGAGAAGAGAGAAUGCUUGUCUAUGAAUAUAUGCCCAAUAAAAGUUUAGAUUCAUUUCUUUUUGAUCCAGCCCAAAAGAAACUUCUAGAUUGGAGCACGCGUUUCAACAUCAUAUGCGGAGUUGCUCGUGGACUUAUUUAUCUUCAUCAAGAUUCUAGAUUGAGGAUCAUACAUAGAGAUCUAAAACCAAGUAAUAUUUUAUUAGACAAUAAUAUGAAUCCAAAAAUAUCGGAUUUUGGCUUGGCAAAAAUUUGUGGAGAUGAUCAAGAUGAAGGAAAAACUAAAAGAGUAAUUGGAACACAUGGUUAUAUGGCACCUGAAUAUGCCAUUGACGGACUAUUCUCUACAAAAUCUGAUGUAUUUAGUUUUGGCAUAUUAUUGCUAGAAAUUGUGAGUGGAAAGAAAAAUAGAGGACUUACAUACUCAAGCAACAACCAUAAUCUUGUUGGGCAUGCUUGGAGUUUGUGGAAAGAUGGAAAUUCAAAAGAGCUUAUUGAUGUUUGUUUUGGAGACUCGUAUAUUCUAUUUGAAGCUUUACGAUGCAUACAAGUUGGUCUUUUAUGUGUACAACGUCAUCCUAAUGACAGACCAAAUAUGACAUGUGUGCUUGCAAUGUUGACAAAUGAAACUAUUUUAGCUCAACCAAAUGAACCGGGUUUCAAAAUAAAAAAGAUCUCUAAUGAUGAAGAAUCUACAGCAAAGUCUUGCUCAAUCAAUGAUGUCACUAUUACCUUAUUAGAUGUUAGAUGAAAAAAUUAUUUUAUAUAUUUGUUUAGAUAUUACAAUAUAUUUGUUGAGAUUGCCUUGGAAAAUGAAUGCAGAAAAUCAGAACAGGUUCUGGUCUUUCUCCCUGGUUCCUGCGCCAUGCGCAGAGGGAGGCUGCGCCAUGCGCAAUUGGUUGUUGAAAAGGUUGGGAAUCACUCUGGUGUCUGCGCCAUGCGCAGGUAUGGCUGCGCCAUGCGCAGAUGGAUCUUGGAGUUGGUAGAUCUUUGCUGUAAGCUGCGCCAUGCGCAGCAGUCCUUGUGCCAUGCGCAGCUGCGCAGCCAUAUAUAUACUCUGUUUCGUUUUCUGCAGUUUUUAAGUGGAAUUUUUAGGUCUUUUCAAUAUCAAUCAAGCUAGGGUUCAAAAAGGGUUCUUUUGGGUACACUCUAGGGAUUGGGAACUUAUCUAUUCCAUCUUGUAAUCAUUAUCAUUGAAUCUCUUGGUCACAGGAAGAGAUUCAGGAAAAGGGUAGAAUUUAGGAGAACUCUAAAUUCUUGCAACUCUUGUAUUGAAUCUUUGUAAUCAAGAAGAACAAGUUUGAUAGUGGAACGAAGA